CCGAAAAAAGUGUAGGCCACCGAAAAGGCGCACAGUCAAGAAACAUCUAUACGUUCAAAAAUCCCCUUGGCACGAAUCCAGCCGUCCAAAAUGGCCUCGUCAAAGGAAUACUACGAGUAUCACCACCACCACCGCCACCACCAUCACCACGGCGCAAAGAAGCGCCUCUAUCUCGAACCCCCCACCAACGGCGCCGUCACCGUCCGCACCAAGAAGACUACCUUCAUCCCGGCCCGCGAGCCUACCCCGCCUCCCAUCAUCGUCAAGCCCGCCCCGCCGCCGCCCGUGGUUGUCAAGCCUCCUCCGCCUCCCCCACCGCCCGUCGUUUUGCCCCUCCCGCCUCCCCCACCGCCGCCACCAGUCGUCGUUCCGGAGCCCCUGCCCCCUAUCGAGGUCAUCGCGGUCGAUGUCGAGCCUUCGGUGAAGAGCAGCAAGUCGAGCAGGAGCAGCCGGUCAAGGAGCCACAGCCACUCGCGGAGAGGCAGCCGCGACAGGGAGAGAGAUAUCAGAGAGGUGUACGUUGAGCGGGAGAAGCUCGUGCCCGUCCGGGUGCCAUACCCCGUCCCUGUCCCCGUUGAGCCGCGGUACGAGACCUUCCGGUAUGUCGAGGGCCGGAGGUACUCGCCGCCCAGGAUGCUGCCGCCGCCCCCGCCACCUGAAGAGGAGAGGAUGAGGGUCACCAUUUCCGACCGGAGGAGGGAGAGAGAGUACAACGACUACAGCUACAGGCGGUGAAGCCUUUGUCGUUGUGCUUUGACUCGGGCCUUGUUUUCAGGUGCAAGGUGUUUGGAUUGAAUGUUUGGAAUAUUCUUUUUUGGGAGGUUAUUUGUUUGAUUUGAGACAUGUCUGGCGAUGAUUUAAGCGAUUUUGAUCUCGCGGCGUUACAGGUUUCUUGAUACGAUGAGACGGUGCGACGCCGCUGGGAUGGAAACUUUCUGAUAUUUAUGAGUUCAUAUUUGGGAUUCAGUUUGGGACAGCGUUGACUAGCGAAAGCGGUGCUUGGAUAUAUGUCAUGAUAGAGAGAUACGUGUGAUGAUAUUCUAAAAUGACGGCCGCUUUUACAAUUGCAUAUUCCAGUCCCGCCCUCCUGAGCAGUUCCUUUGAUGCACUCGAACUGAGGUUA